AUGACAGACGAGCCUCCAGCGGAACCAAAAGAUGGACCAGAAGCAAAGAUUAUCAACGAGCAUGACACGCUCAAAUAUUCUCUCCUCGGACCCUCCUUGACAAAGUCCGGGCAAGAUAAUGUGGACCAGUCAAAGGUCUCAGAAAUCAUAUACAACGCCUCCAAAGGCUCCAAAUACUUCAACAACGAAGAAGCCCGAGACAAGAACCUGACUCAAAAGAUCGAGCGAAUCCUCACCAAGAAGGCACAACUCGAGAGGUUAGACCUAGCUAGUGACCGCCGAAGAGCAGACGAUUACAUAGCUGAGCUCGAGCUUACUAGAGACUUGUCGCAAGUUGUGGUGCAUAUUGAUUGCGAUGCCUUCUACGCGGCAGUGGAAGAGCUCGAUCGCCCGGAGCUGAAGGAAGUCCCAUUCUCGGUUGGGGUUGGGGUUCUUACAACGUGCAAUUACCAUGCCAGGAAAUUUGGGUGUCGAAGUGGGAUGGCGGGGUUCGUGGCGAAGAAGCUGUGUCCGCAGCUCAUUCAGUUACCGUUGAAUUUUGAUAAAUACACAGCGAAAGCGCAGGAGGUACGGGAGAUCAUUGUAGAGUAUGAUCCGCGGUUUGAGAGUGCGAGUAUCGACGAGGCGUAUCUCAAUAUUACGGAAUAUUGCGAGACGAAUGAUAUUGGUCCCGAAGAAGCUGUGCAACAGUUGAGACGAGAGGUCGAGGAGAAGACCAAGAUUACGAUUUCUGCUGGUAUUGCUGCGAAUGCAAAAUUGGCGAAGAUUUGCUCGAAUAAGAAUAAGCCGAAUGGUCAGUUCAAGUUGCCGAGUGAUAGGAACUCGGUCAUGGCAUUUAUGAGGGACCUUCCUACAAGGAAGGUUAAUGGUAUUGGGCGAGUAUUCGAGAGGGAGCUUGAUGCUGUGGGUGUCAAGACUUGUGGGGAUAUAUACGCUUACCGACAUUACUUGUCGAAGUUGUUUGGUGAGAAAGCAUUUGUAUUCUUGAUGCAAUGUUAUCUUGGCUUAGGACGGACGAAAAUCCAACCAGCUGAAGAAUAUGAGCGGAAAAGCGUCGGGACUGAAAGCACGUUUGGGGAAAUGGGGGAUCCAGGGGAGCUUCGUAAUAAACUACGAGCUACAGCCGAAGAGUUAGAGAAAGACAUGUUACGGACGCAAUUCAAAGGCAGGACGUUGUGCCUGAAAGUCAAGCUGCACACAUUCGAAGUCUUCACGCGCCAAGUCAUACCGCCGAAAGCGAUUCAUUUAGCAGAUGAUCUUUACAGAUAUUCUAUGCCAAUACUCUCAAAACUAGAACAGGACUUUCCCGGCAUGAGACUACGACUCAUGGGAUUGAGAUGCACGCAUCUCGUUAGCAUGAAGAAGCCCGAUACCAUGGCUUUCUUCGGCUUCAGAAAGCGUCCUAAUUCCUCCACAGAAAGGGAGUCUAGCCCCUCAGAUAAAUCGAAACGAAGAAUCGACGCUCUAUCGUCUGAUCAAGAGCAAUGGGAGGAAUGGCCAGAUGAACUGCUUUUCGAGGAUGCUGAGCGUCAAGAACGAGAAGAUGAGUUCAAUGAAUUAGAAAGUCUGAGCCAGGAGGUUGACAAGCGGAGACAUCAUGGUAAGGAGAUUGUGCCUAACCCGACGCCGAGAAAAGAAACAGAAGAGCCGUGGUGGGACUGUCCUAUAUGUAUGAGACCGCAGACAGCGAGUGAGAAGGAGUUUAAUGAGCAUAUUGAUCAUUGUCUUUCGCGGCAAACGAUUAGAGACGCGGUCCAGGAGACUUCGGAGCAGGAACCUACACCUACUGCUAAAAAAUUCAAAUUGGGGAGUGAGAAAGGAAGGGAUAGGACUGGGAAGGCUGAUCCAAAGCAACGACGGCUAUGUUUUGGAUGA